AUGCCAAGUAAGCAAUUGGUCAAGUUGGGCAAAAGCGGCGGAUCUAGGCGUCUCCAGCGCAAGAGGCUCUUUGGGACCAGCGUCGUCACCGCCGAGAGAGCGGAGCCCGCUCGCCCUGGGUUUGCACCCCCAGUCCGAGGCCGCCCCGGAGCUGCUUCCGCGGCGCGGAAACCGCGUUCUUCCUUCCCACCCACCGGGUCCGAGCCCACCCGGCCGCUCCGCCCCCGAAAGGCCGGUUGGGUACUCUGCCGGGCGGCGGCGGUGCCAACCUUCCCGCCGCCUGAAUGGGAGCAGGGCCGUCCCCGGAGGAGGGACAAAUUAGUCGAGAUGUCCACGAUUUCGAAGCACUUUGGACUGAAAUACAAAGAAGAAUCGUACAUCUUUAAAGAGCUUGAGAAGGUUCGCCAGGAGACUAGAAAGGAUUUCCUCCGAUUCAAGCAGAAUUUGGUCUCCAAGGCGGCCGUGGAUGGAGGCCCCGUCUGCGGCCUCCAGGCGCCCGACCCGGCCCGGCCUGGGGCGCAGGGCGGCGCUGCUCAGGCUGGACCCCAAAAGCCAUCGGGGUCCCCUCGGGCUAAAGGCGCUACGGCCCCCCUGCAGCGGGCGCGCCCCCCGAGCCCGAGCCAGGCGGCGGCUCCCGGGAGGACGCGGCCCUUUCGGCCCCAGGCCUUCUACCUGCGGAGCUCAGCGUUCCUGCGGCCGCGUCCCCCCCACAGGCCGCCGGCCAUCGCCUCCGGGGCCGGCACGUCCAGGCCGGUGGUCCUGAGGCCGCCGCCGCCGGCGCAUGCGGACAGGGUCACGUCCAGGGCGCGCCCGGGCCCGCGGAGCCCCCUGCCCGCGGGCUCCAAGCCGGCUUUCGACUCGGCCCGCGGCCACCGCGCGACUCAGGAGGCGGCCCCGCCCGCAGAGGCCGGGCGGCUGGGCAGCUCGAUUGCCAGCGAGGAGAGCGGCGUGGAGGCGGCGGGCUGGCCGCAGAGAAUGUGGAUUCGCAGGCGCUUCCUGCGCGAGGGCUCGGCCGCCUCGACCUGCAGAACGGUCCGCGAGGGCUUCCGCGAGAGGGCGCUGUCCGGCGCGGCGCGGGAGGCCGGCCUGCGGACCCCGUGGCCCUCGCGGGCCAUGCCCACCACCAUCGAGGAGGUCAUCGCCUCCCUGGAGUCCGAGGCCCAGCUGGCCUCCGACCAGACCGUCAGAGAGCUCAUCCAGAGCGUCCUCGGGCCCAACUACGACCUUAAGACGGAAGAAAUUUCUUCAAUGGGAAAAAUGCACUGGCAUAAAGCAUCUCAAGCGCAAGCAGAUCAAGGAUUACAGGUUUUCCAGCAGAAGGUGCUUGAGGAACUUCCUGAGGGUGUACCAAGUGUUUUGCAGAUUGAACAAGAGGAUAUAUUUGAAUGGGGAGUCUCAGAAGCAGAAAGCCUGCUAUUUAAACCUCAGGAAACUUUGGAAGUCCAGCCAGCAGAUGAAUCAAGUAAACCUUUGGAAGAUGAGGCACCUGCAGGUGACUCAAAAGCAGCCAAACGGGUAUCUUUAAAGGUGAAAUCAUCAGAAUUGUUGCAAAUCAGAGGAAAAGAAGUUAAGCGAACACGAAAAAGUAUAUUAGGACUUCCACAACAGAGACAAAAAAAGUCUUCAAAACUCCCGAGGGAUCAAAAACUACCUAAACAAAAAAUUCCACCAGACUACUCUACUCCUACCCUUCACGAUCUGUGCGCCACUGUCCCAGCCCGGGAGCUGCCCAUUGACCUGCGCCUGGCUUCUCGAGUGUAUCAUACAGCCAGCAAGAAAGGCCACAGUCCUCUGCUGGGGCUAUUUGGAACCUCUUUCUCAGGUGAUCCCUCGACAGAUGAAGAGCAAAGAGACAGAAUCCUGCAAGGAGUUCCUGUUACGGAAAAUAAUCAAGAAUAUGUUGCCGUCCUUCCAACAGCAUCAGGGGUUCGACCUGAAUUGGCACCAGGAACUAGACAGCGCGCUCACAAACCAGACCUACAACUCUUGGGAGAGGAAGUGUCUGCUUACCCAGGAUUUACGAAGUUGUUUUGGAAUCUCGCUUCACCCAAGUUCUCUGUUCCGGUAUCUGUCAUGAGGGAAACCCUAUAUCCAAAAUAUGAGAGUGUUCAAGCAAGCAGAAUUUUAACUGAGAAAUUUUCAUCUGAAAACAAGGAAAAUGUGAUUAUUUUAGAUCAGUAUAGCAAAAGUUCCAGGUUUUUUUCCCUAACAAAAUCUGCAUCAUUUGAAAAUAUCCAAAAGUGUUUCGACACACGAUCUCCACAAUUAAAGAGAGUAAAGUCAGCAGUUGAACUGAGGAAGGAGGAGACCACAGCCCCGUUAGAGAUUAAGGAUGACAUGCAGAGCAAUAUAAAGCAGGUGAUGUUUCAGAAAGCAAGGGAGCUGGAGCGUCAGAUGACUGCACACAGCGAGACUGAAGAACGCACCUCUGUGAAAGAAAAUAUAGAUACCAUCUUAGACAACCUGCAGACCAAGCGCAGUGUGAAAGAGCUCUCUCACUCUCUCAUUGAAGCAUCUAGGAAAGCUGGCAUUACUUACAUUGUUUAUCCCAAGAAAAAGAAGUUGAAACAGAAGAAAGGAUUGAAACUCAGUAAACUUACGAUGGUGUAUGAUGAGUUGUCCAAGCCUCCAAAAACUAUUACAAGAUCAACGUCUCAUGGAGUCCUUCCUGGACAGAAGAAACAUUCGCUCAAAGUCCCAGUACAUGAACGUCUGUAUCAGUGUCCCAGCCUACCUAUGUGUUUAAAUUUUGACAAAUUUGCCCAAAGUAAGGGAGGAAUUCCAGAAAAUAGCAACCCUCGAACAUGGGCUCUUGGGAUGUUCUCUCAGCAUAAACGUCAGAAGACAGCUACCGCAGAGAAAGCUGUUAAAAUAUCUGCUCAUAAGGAGCUAGCUGAAGGAGUGAAAGGACCACUGAAACUAGAAUUGAGCGAUUCUUUGAAGUCUGAUCUUCCUCUAGAGGUCAUUAAACAUUACGAAUCCGAAGUGGAGAUCUUGACUAAAGAAAUAAAUGAUAAGACAAAAUAUCCUGCAUUUUCAUAUUGUAGGCGUGGAGCUAUUUACAGGAAACUGGGAAAGUUACAGAGUGCCAUGAAUGAUCUACAGGCAGCUAUACUCUUGGAGCCAUUGUUUCUCAAUGCCUAUUGGCACCGACAUUUCAUUUAUCUUUUCCAAGACAAAAUUAACGAUGCUUUGGAUGACUUGAAUUAUAUAAACAAACAUAAUAAAAAUAAUGCAGGGGCAUAUUUGUCAAAGGCAGAAAUUUUCAGGAGAAAAGAAGACAUUACUUUGGCAAUUCUAAACUAUACCCAGGCAAUUAAGUGUAAGCCCAUGGAUGCUGAUAUGUAUUUCAGGAGGGGUGAGAUGCAUGAAAUAGCAAACAAGGUGUUGGCCAUUGAUGACUUUUCUAAAUGUAUUUUUUAUGAUCCCAAAAGAACAGAUGCCUUAAUGAAACGUGGGAUGUUUUACUACGAAAAUGAAAACUGGAUUGCAGCCACACAGGAUUUCACAGCCUUGUUAGAUAUAGAUCCCCAAAAUUCUCAAGCAAGGACAUGCCGAGGGAGAGCGUAUUUUAAACGGCGCUUAUAUAAGCAAGCAAUUCAGGAUCUUUCUGUUGCCAUUCACUUGGAUCCUAACAACUGGGUAGCCUUCUACAACAGGGCCUGCUUAUUGAGAAAGUGCAACCCUUUCAGAGCGCUCCAGGAUUUCAGCGUUUCAGCUCUCAUAAAUGACAGCUAUGAGAAUCUGAGUUGUUUUCUGCAUCGGGGCAUACUCUAUGCUGAUCAAAAACUUUGGUUGCUGGCAAUCUGUGACUUCGAAACUGUUAUUUCUCUAGACAGAACUGUUAGUUUGGCUUAUAUAAAUAUUGGCCUCAUAUAUCUGCUACACUUGGAUAACUACAUUGAAGCCAUUUGGCAUUUUUCUGAGGCUAUUAAACUUGAUCCUUUAUAUAUUCAAAGCUAUAUUUGUCGAGCAGAAACCUAUCAUAAGCUGCAUAAACUGAAAAAGGCAGUAAGAGAGUUAUCUCGUGCGAUCCACCUUCACCCAGAUGGAAUCCAAUUAUACAUAAUCAGAGGACAAUAUCUCCUUAUGAUGAAAUGCUAUGAUCUUGCCAAGUUCACUAUUUAUCAAGUAGCAGAAAUGAACAAAGGUCUCAUUAAGUUGAGCCCUAUACAGCAAGCGCUCGUUUAUUCGUUUUGUGAGAACCACGACAAGGCCAUCCAGGUCUUGGAUGGGCUCAUUUUGAACAGGCCGGAUAUCACCACGUACACUCUCUUAGCAAAAACCCAAAUGAAGGCCAAGAGAAGAAAGGAAGCCAUGAGAAUGCUUAAAAAGGCGUUGGAAGUUUUUUCUCAUUCAGAUAAAGGACCAAAUGCCGUAGCGGCUUCAGCAGACUGUCUGUAUAACUUGGGUCUUUGUUACAUGGACGAAGGCAACUUACAAAUGGCUUUAGAUUCGUUUACUAAAGCUGUGAAAGCAAAUCCUGAUUUUGCAGAAUGCUUUUAUCAACGUGGGCUUUGUAAGGUAAAACUCCACAAGGAUAACUCGAUUCUGGAUUUUAAUCGUGCAAUUACCCUCGAUCCCAAACAUUACCAGGCAUAUUUAAGCCGAGUAGCCUUCUAUGGUUUGAAAGGCAGAUACUCCAAAGCAAUCUUGAACUGUAACGAAGCCAUCAGGAUUUAUCCCCAGAGCGUGCGUGCCUAUAUCUCCCGAGGAGUUCUGAAAUACUACAACAAGACUUACAAGCUAGCGAUUACAGAUUUAACUACAGCCAUCAACAUGGACAAGAACAGUUAUGUAGCAUUUUAUAACAGAGCGUUAUGUUACACCAGGAUAGGUGAACUUCAAAUGGCAUUAACGGAUUAUGGAAUUGUGCUGCUUCUUGAUGCUGGAGAAACGGUGACAUUAAAUACCUUCAUUAAUCGUGGACUCAUCUACGUAGAGCUCGAGCAGUACAGUUUCGCGUUAGAGGAUUUCAAGCAAGCUGCACUGAUAAGCAAGACUAGUGUGAGCCUUUGUCAAGCCACUGCCAUAUGCCAUCACAGGAAUAAAGAAUUUGAAGAAGCUGUCGAUUUCUUCACUUGGGCUCUUAAAAUUAAUCCACAUUUUCUGGAUGCUUACGUUGGACGGGGAAAUUCUUACAUGGAGUAUGGCCGUGAUGAAGCCACCAAACAAGCACAGAAGGACUUCCUGAAAGUGUUGCAUUUCAAUCCAGCGUACACAAAAGCCAGAAUUAGUUUAGGCUAUAACUUGCAGGCCCAAGAAAAAUUCCAGAAAGCUUGGAACCACUUUACCGUUGCCAUAGAAGUUGAUCCAAAGAGCCACCUGGCCUAUGAAGGGAGAGCUGUGGUCUGUCUUCAGAUGGGCGACAAUUCUGCUGCAAUUCAGGAUAUUAAUGCUGCCAUAAAGAUCAAUACAACGGCAGAAUUCUUAACAAACCGUGGUGUGAUUCAUCAGUUUAUGGGUCAACAACAGAACGCAAUGAAAGACUAUCAAGCGGCAAUUUCUCUAAACCCUGAGUACUCGCUGGCUUACUUUAACGCGGGAAAUAUCUACUUUCAUCACAGGCAGUUUUCCCAGGCCAGUGACUACUUCUCAAAGGCUUUAAAAUUUGAUCCAGAAAAUGAAUAUGCUACCAUGAAUCGAGCUAUUGCAAAUACAAUAUUAAAGAAAUACAAAGAAGCAGAAGAAGAUUUUGCAAAUGUAGUUAAAAACUGCCCCUCUUGGGCUGCAGUAUAUUUUAACAGAGCACACUUGCACUGUUGCUUAAAGCAGUACGAGCUGGCUGAGGGAGACCUAACUGAAGCCCUGUCUUUGAAGCCUAACGAUGCUCUGGUGUAUAAUCUUAGAGCAGAAGUUCGUGGCAAAAUCGGGCUGAUCGAGGACGCUAUGGCUGACUAUACCCGAGCGCUCGAUCUGCAAGAAUAUGGCUCAGUGAUAUGAUUGCAUAGACUGGCUUCUGGCGUGGUUCACACAGCUCUUCUUCCAGAAAUCGAGACUCAUUUGUUGUUUAAAAGAUGACACUAUCUUCAUUGUCGUAUUCAUUAUAUUUUGUUAUCUGUGUAACCCUUUAAUACAUUUUAACAAUACAUUUAUGUUCUAUAUAAAUUAUAAAACUUUCAGAUCAUUUUCUGCAUAUUUGGAAUAACUAAAAAAUGAAUUUCUUCAUAAGCUGCAGAAUUUAAGUGAGUAUUUCUUAAGGAAUAUCAACACUUUAAACAUUUUCUUUAAAGUAAAAUAACUCCUUUUGAAAUACUACUGCAUGGUUGUAGAAGAUGUGGCAUCGACCUUUUCAUCAAUACCUACUCAUAACAUAUUUAACAGUCUCCAGAUUAAAAACAAUAAAUAUGGAGCCCAUGGCUAUAGAAA